CCGCCGUUUCCCCCAAACGUUGCCGUGCGAGGCUCUCAUUUCCCCCUUCCCGGCCUCCCCUCCUUUGUCUGACCUACACACACUCUUUCGCUGAUCUCGUCCAAUCUUUACAAUGUUCAGCAAGCUCCUCUCUCUCGCCGCUCUCGCGGCGGUCGCCAACGCCGAGCACUGGAUUUUCGGUGGCAGCAAGCUUAUCGUGCAAACGCGUCUGGACCCUGUGGUCAACCAGGGCACCGUUGGAUCGCACGUCCAUGCGGUUGUUGGUGCAAGCCGCUUCUCGGACACUUAUGAUGCGGACGACCUGAUGAAGUCCAACUGCACGACGAUCCCUGUGCAGCCGGAUAAGAGCAACUACUGGGCGCCUCAAUUGUACCAUCACGAUCAACAGACUGGUGGUCUUACCCCCAUACCGACUACCUUCAACAUCUACUAUCUCGUUCGUCAAGGUCCUAAGAAUGAGAAGAUCAACGCCUUCCCCAAGGGCUUGAAGAUGGUCGCCGGUGAUACCGCCAGGCGUUCGUACAACUCCUCCAGUUUUGCCGACCAGGCCGUAAGCUUUGUCUGCCUCGACUACAACAACGCGCACACCAACGACCCGGACUGGGCUGAGCGUCCCAACUUCUUCGACCACACCUGCCCCGAUGGUAUGCGCGCACAGGUGUUCUUCCCCUCGUGCUGGGACGGUGUGAACCUCGACUCGGACGACCACAAGUCGCACAUGGCGUACCCCAUCCAGAACUACAACUCCGGCGACUGCCCGGCCUCACACCCGGUCCACCUCGUCUCGCUGUUCUACGAGAUGCUCGUGUCGGUCGACCAGUUCGACUACACGGGUGCUGGCACUUGGGUUCUGGCCAACGGCGAUACGACUGGUUACGGGCACCACGGCGAUUUCCAAAACGGUUGGGAUGUCGACCUGCUUCAGACGGCGAUCGACACCUGCACGGCCGCCAACGGCAACGUUAUGGACUGCCCCGCCCUCGCCGCCGUGUUCGACCAGGCAGCGGCGGACGCGUGUGUGCUCGAGACGAGCAUCGUCGAUGAGAACAUCGGUCUGACGUCGCCCAUCGCCGCUCUCCCCGGCUGCAACCAGAUCGGAAACAGCGGCAAGUCGUCCUGCACGAACCUCGUCACCCCGCAGCUUGUGCCCGCGCAGGAGCCCCUCCCAAGCGGGUGGACCGAUCUUGGCUGCAUCGCCGAGGGUACCAGUGGCCGCGCGCUCCCCGCGCUCACGAUGAAGGACCCGGCCAUGACAAAGUCGAUGUGCGCCACGUACUGCGGCAAGAACGGCUACAAGCUCGCGGGCAUUGAGUUUAGCGACGAGUGCUACUGUGACAACUCGGUCAAAAACGGCGCGUCGAUGAGCUUCCUGACUUGGAGCGAGUGCAGCAACCACUGCGCUGGUAACACAAACGAGAUCUGCGGAGGAGCUGCGAAGCUAUCGCUCCUCAGCACCGGCGUCGCCGGUGCAUCUUCCCCCUCUUCCCCCUCGUCUGUAUCAUCUGCCGCACCUAAGCCAGUCACAUCGGCUAACACCGUCUCCGCCUCCGUUGUUCACACCUCAGCCACCGUCACCCCGUCUGCUCCCUCCGUCGUCACCACUAGCACCCACCCCGCCUCUUCCGCGGUGCUCGCCGCGCCCCCGACCACGGAGAGCAUCCCCACGGGCUGGACGAGCGCAGGUUGCGUGUCUGACAGCGGCGCACGCGCGCUCACCGGGUACUCGUUCGCAAGCGACUCGAUGAGCCUCACCACGUGUGUCUCGACCUGCGCGUCCAAGGGCUUCUCCAUGGCCGGUGUUGAGUACGGCCGCGAGUGCUAUUGCGGCAACUCUUUCCAGAACGGCAACGGCAACGCUCUCGCAGCGUCUUCGUGCAAUAUCCCCUGCGCCGCCAAGACCGGCAGCACUUGCGGCGGCUCCUGGGCAUUGAGCCUCUUCAAGCACAACAGCGUGGCCAUCGCAAACCCCGUCCCUGCUUCAGCGACUGCCACCACCCAGGCUGCCAAGCCCAGCGUCUCCGCCGCUGCCCCCUCGAACUCGACCAACGUCUCCGGUCUGCCCUCGGGCUGGUCCGCCGUCGGCUGCGCGUCCGAUGUCCCCGGACGCACGCUCAACGUCGACGCGUACACGAGCCAGCAGAUGACGAUCGGCGGCUGCAUCGCUCACUGCGCGCAGCUCGGGCACACCAUGGCCGGGCUCGAGUACGCGCGCGAGUGCUACUGCGGCAGCUCGUUCGUGAACGGCGGCGGCGCUGCGCUCGCGGACGCGCAGUGCAACAUGCCGUGCGCGGGCGACAGCUCGAAGGUCUGCGGCGGCGCGAUGGCGCUCUCCGUGUUCAAGAAGACCACCGCGGGCUCCGCGCGCAGGCACAAGGCACGCCACUUCGGGCGCGGCCACGAGCACUCGGACAUGUUCUGAGCUCGCCCCCCUUCCCCCAGCGGAUCGUCGUUGACGGCGGCCCGCUCCCCCCUACCUCCCUCACGCGCGGGGAGCGAGCCUCCCGCCGCGCAUUUCCUUCGCUCUCAUCCUCUGCUCUCGGGUCCUCGGGUUAUAUUGUUGUCCUUCUUAUGUUCAUGUUUUCACGUCCCGUCUCGGCCUCCCUCAUCUCUGUCUCCGGCUCCCCCAGACCCCAAGCGGGUUGGCUCUCUUCCGCCCCCGGACUGGGCGGGCGGUCGCGAGAGCGCGGCGACGACGCACGACUUUACUGGCUAAACCGGCUCCUCUACGCAUAUCGCUCUCCGGCCGUGGCUUGCAUGUUCCCCUCGCUCGCAUGGAUGCGCGCCGCUUUAUAGUUCAGUUAUACCUACGAUGACCUCUCGAAGUGGUCUACGUUACAUCGUGAAAUACAUGGUCUCUGUUGUCACC